CAGGAUUUUUUGUUUCAGCAGACAAUGUUAAGAGUCAAGGAUCCUAAGAAGUCACUGGAUUUUUAUACAAGAAUUCUUGGAAUGACACUGCUUCAAAAGUUUGACUUUCCUACUAUGAAGUUCUCACUCUAUUUCCUGGCAUAUGAAGAUAAAAAUGAUAUCCCAAAAGAUAAAACUGAGAGAACAGCGUGGACCUUCUCUAGAAAAGCUACGCUUGAACUGACACACAACUGGGGCACUGAAAAUGAUGAAAGUCAGUCUUAUCACAAUGGCAAUUCAGAUCCCCGAGGAUUUGGACACAUUGGAAUUGCUGUUCCUGAUGUCAAUAAAGCUUGUAAGAGGUUUGAAGAACUAGGGGUGAAGUUUGUGAAGAAACCAGAUGAUGGUAAAAUGAAAGGACUUGCAUUUGUUCAGGAUCCUGAUGGCUACUGGAUUGAAAUCUUGAAUCCUAACCACAUGGUGACUCUCACUUAGUUCUAAUGAAGUAUAUUCUAUAAGAGAUGCACAUUUUCAGUCCCCUGGAGAAAACCUGUAACACUGUUUGUGAAAUCCUCACUUAGGAGAGGAAUCAGUAGUGUUCAGUCUCCUCUAAAACUUAUCCCCUGGGACCUCAGUGUAUUUGAAUUCUUUUUUGUUGUCCUGUGAUUUGCUUCCAAUUAGGAAUACUCAGCCAUCUUUUGGAAGAGUGCUUACACAGAUUCUCCUCUUGAACACUUGUUAAUAUUUCAAUAAACAUUCUCAAAAGAU